AUGCCGCGUCCCACGAGAACCAGAGGCGCGUCGAGGCGCCCUGCGGCACCUGUCGCCAAAGAACCGUCACCGGCGCCGCCGCAGGACGCGGGUUUCAACGACAUCUAUGACACCAGUGACCGGGAGGAAGCGAGGCGACGGUCGCGCAGAGUAUCUGAGCGCAGCACAUCGAGGACGGCACCAGCACCGAACCCGCGUCAGGCAGCCGCAAUAGAGGCGGCACGCGUGCGGCGCGACGCAGCUCUGAGCCGGCUGGAAAACAUCACGUCCCCCUCUGCCACCGCGAACACAAAUACCGCCGGGGAGGACACGGAGAGCUCGAUUGAGGUAGAACUAGGCCGACGCGCCGUGGCUGCGACGCCUGCGCAUGGCGCCAGGCUGCACGAUCUCUCGGGCCUGGAGCUGGACGAUAGCAUGUUCGAUGACCUGAACACCACGAUAGACACCGCUGGGCCCGCGAGCGCGCAGAGAUCCCUCGACACGUCGACGUUGUCGGCUAGCCAUUUCAAGCGUCGCCCGCGUGCGGGCAGCUUCCUGAGCAGGGACGAUGGCCCGGUGCGUCCUAGCAGUCGCGCCGGACCGAACACGCCUGGUAUCAGCUCGACGUUCAACAUUGGAGUAUUCAAGAGGAGGGCGCGGGAACCGAGUAUCUUGGGCACAGCACAGAAACCCCGUGCGGAGAGGCCAGUGCCGCGGAGUGAGAACGGCGACAGGUCCGAGGAUGAUGAGGCUGAAGAAGAGGGCGAAGAACAAGAACAAGGAGAAGCUACGGGCGGUAACCAGUUCUCACCCGAGGCCGAGUCGACACCUUUAAGGCGUUCUAAGAGGCAAUCUGGUGCUGUCGAGCCUGCGGAGGGGGAAGGGGUCGUGGAGGUUCCCUCGAGUUUGAACAAGCGGAAGCGCAAGUCGACCGAGGCACAUGAGCAAAGACGUCGUUCUUCUCCGCAUGACGGUAGUGACGAAGUCAUCCCUGCUACCGCAGAAGACCCCGAGGAUGAGGUCGACGAAUCAGCCCUUUCAUCGCCCCCUUCGUUGCCCCCGGUGAGGAGGCAGAGCACACCCCUGAUGGAGAACGUCGCUCCGCCGGAAAGCAGUGGGUCCGAAGACGAAGCGGAAGUCUGGCCGCCACUCCAGUCUCUGGCCAAAGGACGCUCGCGACGACCGCCCUCAGCAUUGCGCAAAACCCCCGUCCGUGAGAUCGCGCACGAUGACAGCGUUUCUGACAUGUCAUCCCCGCCUUCCUUGACCUACUCACCAAACUAUGCCGACCCCUCCCCGCCGCCUCAAAAACAGACGAGAGCAGCAGCAAAGCCCGUCACCACAGCAGAUCUAACGGGCCUGCUUCCCAGGCGGCGCCUGAGGAAUGACAAGAACGACCCCUUCGGCGGCAACGACUCGGAUGACGAGGUAGUCAAUACCGGUCUUGCCAACGACGAGGACGAGCUGUCCUACCUCGACGUCAGGACGCGGCGACGGCCGGCAAGACCUCUGUCAGGUGCGGGGAAGACCAAUCAGCCCGCCAAGUCUACCCAGCGCAGCAAAGGCAAGGCGGCUGCUUCAGCAAAGCCGGCAAGGACGUAUGGGCGAUCUGCGGACAAGGAGAACCAGGAGGGGGAGGACGAGCAGGACGAGCAAGACGGACAAGACGAUGAUGCUGAACGGCAGGAUAACGCCUCGGAAAAUAGCCAGGAGCUGGUGGCGCGUGUGGGCGAGGAGCUCAAGAAUGCGGCAAGGAAGUUUGCUGAGGUCGACAGGUGGGAACUUGAGUUUGAGGAGAACACGCAGAGCAGCUCUCCGCGGGAUGCAAGGUAG